AUGAUAGUGAAAAACCAAACUGUCAUCUCUCACUUCAUCCUCCGGAGCCUGCCCAUUCCCCCAGAGUACCAGCACCUGUUCUAUGCCCUGUUCCUGGCCAUGUACCUCACCACCAUCAUGGGGAACCUCAUCAUCAUCAGCCUCAUUCUACUGGACUCCCACCUGCACACACCCAUGUACUUCUUUCUCAGUAAUUUGUCCUUUUCUGACUUCUGCUUUGCCUCUGUCACAAUGCCCAACUUGCUGAAGAACAUGCAGAGGCAAAUUCCAUCAAUCUCCUAUGUAGCUUGCCUGACACAAAUGUACUUUUUCAUUUGUUUUGCAACCAUGGAAAGCUUCCUCCUCAUGAUCAUGGCCUAUGACCGCUAUGUGGCCAUCUGCUUCCCCCUUCAUUACACCAGCAUCAUGAGCCCCAGGCUCUGUGUGUGUCUGGUAGUGUUGUCCUGGGUGAUUAACAUGUUGUAUUCCAUGUUACACACCCUACUCAUGGCUAGAUUGUCAUUCUGUCAGGACAACAUGAUACAGCACUUUUUCUGUGAAACAUCUGCCCUGCUCAAGUUGGCCUGUUCUGAUGCUUUUAUUAAUGAACUAUUGAUAUUUAUCUUGGGAGGGCCCAUUGUUGUCAUCCCAUUCUUACUCAUUUUUGUAUCCUAUGUACAAAUUGUCUGCUCCAUCCUAAAGGUUUCAUCUGCUAGGGUUAUUCACAAGGUCUUCUCUACCUGUGGUUCCCACCUAUCUGUGGUCUCACUGUUCUAUGGGACAAUUAUUGGUGUCUACCUAUGUCCAUCAACUAAUGAGUCUACUGUGAAGGAGACUGUUGUGGCCAUGAUGUACACAGUGGUGACUCCCAUGCUGAACCCUUUCAUCUACAGCCUGAGGAACAGAGACAUAAAAGACGCUCUCAUAAGAGUCCUCUGCAAGAAGAAAAUCUGCCUAUAA